CGUUACGCCUUAAUAAAUGGAAGAAAUAUAAUUUAUAUAGAUAUGGCACAGAUUGAAGCAUGUCAACUUUGUUUAUGCAACACUAAAUUGCUGAGAGGACUUAACAAAGAAAUCGAAAGCUUAAUUAAAACCAAAAUAUUAGAUUAUCUAUCUAUUAACAUUCACUAUAAAAAUAAUACCCCGAUAGUAAUUUGUGAGGACUGCCUAAAUAAUUUAAAUCAAUUUCAUAUAUUUGCACAAACAGUUUAUUUAGCUCAGAGAAAUUUUCAAAAAAAAUCAAAAUUGUUUAAAUAUGAAACAACAAAUAUUGAAGAUAAUCUACCACUAUCGAUGCAAAAGCAAAGAAAUAAUAUGAUAUCCCAAAUAGAAUUUAAUAAUCCAAAUGCAAAAACGCCAAAUAUAUAA